CUUGGCGUGGCGGCGGCCACUUUCGACACCGCCUGGAGUGAAUUGCUGCAUGUCUGGACAACAAACAGGAACAUUGAAACCUGCCUUGCCGGCGCUUCCUUGCGUUAUUGCGUUAUUGUGGCCGAGUCGGCAGUUUUGCUGCACAUCUCAUGACUGGUCUUGUCUAUAUCGAGUGACCUCCACUCAUACGAGCCAUAGCCUGCCGCGUCGUCGACGUGUUCUGAAGUUUCUCAAGGCACAGACUCCCCGCUGGCUUGCGCAUACCCAUGUCUGUAAUCCCGUCCCAACUAGCUCUGGCGUUGCCCGCACCCAUGCCUAUCAUAUCUCCAGUCAAUCUCCAAUCCCUUCUCCCAAGCCUUCGUUAUAUUGCGGGUUUGACGUCUGCUUGCUUUUGCUCCUUACUUUCAUCAUUGCUGUACUUUUCAUAUGUGACUCGGUGAUAUAUUACUAUAUCAUGAACCUGCACCUCCUUUCCCUUCGGUCCUAAUUUUUCUAUACACAUUCGUUAGCGGUUGAUCGACAUCAGACAUCAUUCACAGUACAUAUUUGCUGGACAGAUAUUCAAGCAGUUGAGUUUCGACUAGGCGACAGGCGCACCUAUUCAACAGUAUUCAGCAGGCGAAGAAUACAAAAGAUAAGAAUUGAAAUUCACUUGGACAAUGGCUAUCUAUUGUUAGCGAGGUGCAGAAGGACUAUUGUUCCAUUGUGAAUAUUGUUUCGCCUACCUCUUUGUUGAACAUUUAACUUCGAUCUUGGUCCCCACCAACUACCUCGUUACAUAUUACGCUUCUCAACCUACUUCCACCAUAAUUGACCUCGCAGAACUUGCGACAAAUACGGCACGCCCCAAUAUCAGCAAUGGCGGCCGAGUCGUCAACCGAGUUAUCCUCACUCGGAUCACUAUCAAGUACACCAACAACUGGAAUUUCAGGACCAAACCCCACGAUCGAGCCAUAUACCACAGCUUUAAAUGGCGUUGAUCAACUGGGCAAUAGACGCUACCGAGAUGCCUUGUUUUGGUUCCUAGGAAUCCUCGGAAUUUGCGUCCUUCUGAUCAGGAUGCUAGAAAUAUCCAGGGCAUGGAUCCGACACAAGGUCGCAAUGGGCAAGCCAGAGGGUCGUCAAGUAUUCUGGAGAGAUAACCAGUCCGCAUGGUGGCCAUGGAUCAAGAGGAAUAUAACAUACGCCCCUCUUGGGAGUAAGAGACACAACAGAGAGAUGCGCCUUUCCUCUGCUGUCAGCGUCGGCACCUUACCCUCUCGUUUCCACAUGGUUCUCCUAACCGUCUACUUCAUAUCCAACUUCGCGUACUGCGCUGCACUCGACUACAGUGUUGAGAACCGAUGGUCUGUCGUUGCUCAACUACGAGGAAGAAGUGGCAUGCUUGCUCUAUCGAACAUGGUUCCCCUUGUUAUCUUCGCUGGGCGCAACAAUAUCCUCAUCCCCAUGCUAAAGAUCAGCUUCGACACCUACAACUUGCUCCACCGCUGGAUGGGAAGGAUGGUGGUCUUUGAAUCCCUCAUCCACACACUCGCCUGGCUAAUCACCCAAAUUGCCAGCGAUGGCUGGUCGAGCGUCGGCAGAAAAAUCUCCCACGACCCUUUCAUUCUGUGGGGAACUAUCGGGACUGCGUCUAUGUUCAUCAUUCUGAUCUCCUCCCCCUCCCCCCUCCGCCACGCCUUCUAUGAGACCUUCCUCAACAUCCACAUCAUCCUCGCCUUCGCCGCCAUCCUCGCCGUCUGCGUGCACUGCAAGCUCGGCCAGCUCUACGAGCUCCUCCCCUACGCAAUCGGCGUCCUAGCAAUCUGGUUCUUCGACCGCCUCUCCCGCUUCGCCCGCAUAAUCUACUACAACUACUCCUCCCGCGGCAGCACCUACGCCACCGUCGAAGCUCUCCCCGGCGACGCCUGCCGCGUCACCCUCCACCUCCCCACCUUCCUCCACGUCGCCCCCGGCUCCCACGCCUACCUCCGCUUCCUGUCCAUCAAGCCCUGGGAAUCCCACCCCUUCUCCAUCGCCUGGACGAGCCACACCUGCAUCGAUACCAUCGGCGUCCUCCCCACCACCGAAAAGGCGCCUGACUCCCCCAUCCCCAAAUCCGCGCGCACUUCCGUCUCCUUCCUCAUCUCCGCACACACAGGCAUGACGCGCUCCCUCUACACCCGCGCUCUCGCCGCUCCCUCCCACCGUCUCCGCACCCGCGCCGCCUUCGAGGGACCCUACGCUGGCCACCACUCUCUCGCGUCUUACGGACACUGCGUCCUCGUCGCCGGGUCCUCGGGAAUCACCCACCAGAUCUCACACGUUCACCAGCUCCUAACAGAGUACCCGCACGGCACUAUCGCAACUCGCAAGAUAACACUCAUCUGGAUCGUCCGCGACCUCGAGCACCUGGAGUGGGUGCGUCCGUGGAUGGACGAGUUGCUGCGCAUGCCGCAGCGUCGGGAGCUGUUGGUUAUCAAGUUGUUUGUCACGAGACCGCGCUCCGCGGCUGAGGUGACGAGUCCGAGUCAGACGGUGCAGAUGUUCCCUGGGCGUCCGAAUAUCCGCGUGCUUCUACUUAAUGAGGUUGUAAACCAGGUAGGCGCUAUGUGCGUUACGGUUUGUGGACCGGGAGGCCUGGCCGAUAAUGUCCGCGAGGUUGUGAGGGAGGUGCAGGGAUGCGGGGUUAUUGAUUUUGUGGAGGAGGCGUUUACGUGGUGAGCGUCUACCAGGAAGGAGGUGGGAAGGAGGACCACUCGACCGCGCUGCGGUGGGAGAGGAAGUAUAUAUUUACGGAGAUUCUGGAGUAGGAUUUUGUAUAAAGGCUGCAUUUGGGAGGGGAAGAUAUGGGAAUCGGAUCUGGGAAGGGGGGCGUUUGGUAUACCAACUGGCAUAGGUGGUGGCUACCUACAUACUAGCCGGGUUUUGCAUUUUGGGAUGGCGUUUGGCGUUUUCUGGAAGAUAUACACGGAUGGAUGGACAGAGAGACGGACUAGAGUAGAUGGUCACGAAACUAAUUACUCGGAUCUAUGAAGACGAAAGAGAUUCACAGUCAAGUACAUAUUUUGCACAUCUGGGGAUAGUGACAUCUUGUGAUACACAUAAGACAUCGAAGAGUCCUCGAAGGACCCUUCGAGAACCCUUCAAUUCAUCUUUAGAAG